UUCUCCAGAGUUUGGAACCGUGUAUAAGCAACUGAGGAGAAAUUGACCCCCAAAAGUAAAAGUAAUAGUUGGAGGGUCAUCGCUUCCUAUCCAGAAGUUGAAGGAUCUUCCCUUUCAUUUAAUGGUGUCUAUUUAAUAAGAGAUGGCCUUUCAAUUUAAUUUCAAUAUAGAAAGCCAUCUGGACAAUGAAUUAACACCCCCUGGGGAAAGAGACUUGACCUUGGAGUCCUCCAAAGAGUCACCAGCCUCAAAACGCCAACGAGAAGAAGAACAAGACAGGAAACAUGUUGCGGAAGAGUUCGGCUUGGCUCCUGCUCACCCAUGGGAAGGUAAUUCAGUGGGGAACACGGACGCUCAGCGGCACGCCAGCAGCCUGCUCAAUGCAGCUGACAGUUCAAAGCACCUGGAGCCACGGGAGAAUCCAUCCUGCGUGGGAGUGGCCAAAGAGCAUCCUGUACCAGCUGAUGUAAAGAAAGUGUUGGACAAUAAAGUCAUGGAGAGAGUACCAGGCCUCCGGAACAUUAACCUGCCAGUGGUGAAAACUGUCCUGCUGAGAGAGAGCUUCCCUGGAGACAACAUCAUCUCAGAAAGCUUUUCGAGUCACUCUGAUCUGAUUUCAGGUGUCUACGAAGGAGGCUUAAAAAUCUGGGAAUGUACCUAUGACCUCUUGGCCUAUUUCACGAAGGCCAAAGUAACGUUUGCUGGCAAAAAGGUGUUGGAUCUUGGCUGUGGAGCAGGGUUGCUGGGUAUAACUGCAUGGAAGAGAGGAGCCAGAGAAGUUCAUUUCCAAGAUUAUAACGAGAUGGUGAUUGAUGAAGUCACCUUACCUAACGUAGCCGCUAGCUGCCCUUUGCAAGAUGAAGAAAACGAUACAGAAGAACCAGAUGUGCAAAGGUGUAGGAACUCACGGGUUGCACAGGAGCUGGGGAAAUGUCGGUUCUUUUCUGGAGAGUGGUCUGAGUUCUGUAAACUUGUACUGUGUAGCGAAGAAGGUUUUGGAAAAUAUGACCUCAUUCUCACUUCAGAAACCAUUUACAAUCCGGAUUACUAUAGGACUUUACAUCAAACAUUCCUUAGACUGUUGGGCAAAGAUGGACGGGUGCUUUUGGCCAGCAAGGCACAUUAUUUUGGCGUAGGUGGAGGCGUUCAUCUAUUUCAGCGGUUUGUAGAAGAAAGGAAUAUAUUUGAGACUAGAACACUUGAAAUAAUUGAUGAAGGAUUGAAGAGGUUCCUAAUUGAAUUGACUUUUAAGUGCCCCAAUUAGUUCCUAAGUAAAAUAAAGAGAAAG